AUGACUGUACAAAACAGCAUUGCUGCAACACACUGUCGACAAGAUGUGCAAAAUGAAAUCACAUGUUUAGUGAAUUUACAUGGUGUUUUGUUGAAAAGCAUUCGUUCUUUGAAUAUUGGAUUUGGAUUACCAAUACUUUUUGCAGUUUUAAGUUGCCUACUUCAUUUAAUCAUUACAGGUUAUUUUGCAUAUAUUGAAAUAAGAGAUGAAAAUUGCAGCUGGAGAAUAUUUACCAUGCAAAUUUUGUGGAUAAUUUUUCAUACCAUGGGAAUGUUAAUUAUUGUUCAACCUUGCUAUUGGUGUAUAAUGUUGAAUAAAGAAACAGGAAAUUUGGUCUGUAAAUUGCUUACUCUAAAGAAUAAACCAUCUGUUUCCAAACGACUGGAGAUAUUUUCUUUGCAAGUGUUAUAUAGACCAUUGGAAUUUUCAGUAUGUGGACUCUUUUUUUUGGAUAGACAUCUAUGUACAUCGAUAGCAGCUGCUGUUACAACAUACUUGGUAAUUUUACUUCAGUUCCAAAGUAAAGGAGAUGAAAAUUAAACAGAAAGUGACAAAA